AUGCCAACCUCACUUGAGAAAAGGCUACAAUCAGCCCUAGAUUCCCGCAAGGCACACUCAAACCUUAGAUCAUUGGAUCCUAUUCCUGCUUGGGCUCCAAAAGACUCAACUAGCUUACAACCAAAGACCAACUUAAUAGACUUCUCCUCCAAUGAUUAUCUGUCUUUUGCUUCUUCUCCUCAUAUCCGUGAAGUGUUCCUAGAAAAUCUCUCAAAAGCUAAGGAGAACCCUUUAGGCCCAUCUAGCUCUAGAUUACUUGAUGGCAACACUAUCCUUCACCAAAACUUAGAGAACAAAUUGACAAAGUUUUUCAAAGGCCAAGCAGGCUUAUUGUUUAAUAGUGGCUUUGAUGCUAAUAACCUCACCUAUUCAUCGAGUAUCUUUUCUUCACAAUUCCCUCAUCAGCUUAUCAGAAACCCUCAAAGCUAUUCUGUUAAAUGA